GUUGUCUGUUGAGCAGAUGAGAACAGACCGAACAGUGGAGACUGGAGACUAGAGAGAGGCGGAGAGCAGAGACUAGAGAGAAAGGGAAUGCAUUGAUCAUCAUCUCCUAGAACUCAAUAGGCAGAGUUAACAUGGGUAUUGCCCAUGCUAGUCAGACUAUUAAUAACAAAAGAAGGGGUUGAAAGUUGUAAGCUGAAGCCCAUCCAGGUCUUGAAAACACACUUAGGUUUCGCAAUCAUCUGUCCUUCUUGCCAAAAUGAUGCCCCACAAAAUACUCAAUUUGCAAGCAUUCAAACACCACAAGCUCAAGCCCAUCCUCUUCCCCAUAGAUUCAUCUCCCUCCCUUGCUCUUUUCUCUUCAACCCCUCAACCAAACAGCUCCCCACAAACCCAGACCCUCCCUCAAUAUGCCACGGCGAACCCUCCACCAAUCACCCUGAACUACCUCCAAAACUCCAUCCAAUCUUCUCAAUGGCAUUUGAUCAAACACCUUGCGCCAAACCUCACUCCCUCUCUAAUCUCCACCACCCUAUUCAACCUUCACAAAACCCCGCAGCUUGUUCUUGAGUUUAUAACACACAUUGAGUUCCGUCGUCUUGAUAUCAAAGCUUGUUGCCUUGCCAUCGCUAUUGUUGCCCGCCUCCCAUCACCAAAGGCCACUCUACAACUCUUAAAGCAAGCCAUUUCUAGUGGCAUCGCUUCAAUUGGAGUAAUUUUCAACGAGUUGGCGCUUGCCCGUGAUAGUUUGAGUAUAAAAAGUAGUAUUGUUUUUGAUUUGUUGAUCAGGGCUUGCUGUGAAUUGAAGAGGGCUGAUGAGGCUUUUGAGUGUUUUAAUAUGAUGAAGGAAAAGGGUAUUGUACCCAAGAUUGAAACUUGUAAUAAUAUGUUGAGUUUGUUGUCAAAGGUGAAUAGAACGCAGGCGGCAUGGGUUUUGUAUGCUGAGAUGUUUAGGUUGAGGAUAAAAUCGAGCGUGUUUACAUUUAAUAUAAUGAUUAAUGUGUUGUGUAAGGAAGGGAAGUUGAAGAAGGCAAAGGAGUUUAUUGGGUUUAUGGAGGGUUUAGGGAUUAAGCCUAAUAUUGUCACAUAUAAUACGCUAGUACAUGGGUUUUGUUCUAGAGGGAAGGUUGAAGUGGCUCAAAUGAUUGUUAAAUCCAUGAAAGGCAAAGGUGUUGAACCAGAUUCAUACACCUAUGGUUCGCUUAUUAGUGGGAUGUGUAAGGAGGGAAAGCUUGAGGAGGCAUCUGGGCUACUUGGUAAAAUGGUGGACAAUGGGUUGGUUCCAAGUGCUGUGACAUACAAUGCUUUGAUUGAUGGGUAUUGCAAUAAAGGGAAUUUGGAGAUGGCUUUUUGUUAUAGGGAUGAGAUGGUUAGGAAGGGCAUAAUGCCAAGUGUGUCAACAUACAAUUUGUUAAUUCAUGCAUUGUUUUUGGAGGCUAAAAUGAGUGAGGCUGAUGAUUUGAUAAAGGAAAUGGGAGAGAAAGGUUUGGUUCCUGAUGCCAUUACAUAUAACAUCAUGAUUAAUGGGUUUUGCAGAUGUGGAAAUGCAAUAAAAGCUUUUAGGCUCCAUGAUGAGAUGAUGACUAAAGGGAUUCAGCCUACAGGGGUAACUUAUACCUCACUCAUUUAUGUUUUGAGUAAACGUAAUAGAAUGAAGGAAGCAGAUGAUUUAUUUGAGAGGAUACAACGUAAAGGUGUGUUGCCAGAUCUUGUAAUGUUCAACGCCUUGAUUGAUGGUCACUGUGCUAAUGGUAGUAUGGACCGUGCAUUUUCUCUUUUGAAAGAGAUGGAUAGGAUGAAGGUUCCUCCUGAUGAAGUGACUUACAAUACAUUAAUGCAAGGGCGCUGUAGGGAGGGGAAAGUUGAAGAAGCUCGUGAACUUCUCAAUGAGAUGAAGAGAAGGGGGAUCAAGCCAGAUCAUAUUAGUUACAAUACUCUCAUUAGUGGCUAUAGUAGAAGAGGUGAUAUCAAGGAUGCGUUGAGAGUUCGGGAUGAGAUGUUGAGUAUAGGUUUCAAUCCCACACUUCUUACUUACAAUGCCCUUAUAAAAGGUCUAAGCAAAAACCAAGAAGCCGAUCAUGCUGAAGAGCUCCUCAGAGAAAUGACAAGUAAAGGGAUAACACCUGAUGACAGCACCUAUCUCUCUUUAAUUGAAGGGAUUGGCAAAGAUGAUAACUCUGUGGGAAAUGGUGAUUGUUAAAUAUUUUCUUUCUGCCCAGUGUUUAAAAGUUUUACAUAGAAAGAGAUUUUCUAGAAGCAGAGAUUUUUUUGGUCACUUCUUGCUUUGAGCACUGGCUUGUUGACAUGCUGAGCUUAUAAGUCUACAUUAUUGACUAGAUUUGUAACAGUAAGUUCAGAAAAGUUGAAUCUGGUUUAUGGAGCAGCAUCAUUGCCUUCUGAAAUGAAUCAUUGUAAGAUUAUACAACGUGUUUAAUUUCAUACGCAUCCUUUAUUUGUCAUACAGCCCUGAACAUUACUGUUGUAUAUACUUGAUAUUGUAAAAGGAACAAAGUAUCAUGCAUAUUUUUGACAGAGACCACUUUUGUAAAGCCAAACAAUAGCUGGGAAGAUUUUCAAUAUUUUGUGAUAACUCUAGAUUGGAAAAUUGCUCUAGCUAGAUUGAAUGCUAGACGCCUAGAAUGCAAGAGAGAAAACUCAGCAAAAUAAUAUUUUUCUAUCUUUCUUUGCA